AUGGUGGCUAGUACCGCAUGCUUGGUGGCGAUUGUUGCGAUCCUCAUUACCAUGGACGGCCGACGGUUAACAGACUGGCAUUUUUAUUUCGGAAUCCCGGCCACCAUCGCGUUUUUCGGCACCGCCAACAAGUCCCUCGGGGCUCUGGCCAUCGGCGCCUGCAUCAGCCAGUACAAGUGGCUACACUUCAAACGGAAGGCCCGGCGCCUGAACGACCUCGACUUGCUGGAGGAGGCGAGCCGCGGUUCAUUAGGCUCGCUGAUUCUUCUUGUCCGUCGGCCCCUGGGCCUUGCCAGCAUCGGCGCCGUUGUUACCCUCUUGGCUAUAGGACUCGAGGUUUUUAUUCAGCAGAUGGUCCUGCUCACCCCGAUGCCGGUUCUCGUCAGCGACGCCAAUGCUACCCUCGGGCUUAGCCACACUUACAACGGCGGUGCUAAACCCAUAGGCGCUCUCAGCGGCAUUGUCAACGUUCGAUCCUCCACUAUCGACACAGGGAUGCAGGGGGCCGUGUACCGAGGCCUAUUCAACCUUGAUUCGCCCCCAUUAUUCAACUGUUCCUCGUCCUGCCGAUGGAACGGAACAUACGUCUCACUGGGCUUCACCAGCACCUGUGCCGACGUGACGGAAGCCACUCUCCGACUCCACCCUGAUGCCUCCGGAACUUGGGACAAGACGGGCAUGACCAACAUGUCCGACAUGUAUUUAACCACCCCAGGCGGCGUCAGGUUGGAUGCCACGUACUCCUACACGUCGUACCAGACCGUGAUCAGUAUCGGGGCCAUCUCGCUCCUGAAGGCUGACGCGGGGGCUGUCCCUCCUGGGGGUACUACCGGGAUGGGAUCGGGGAUCGCGCGCAUUGCCGUCCUCCGCGUUCCCGUCGAUUCUAACAACUGGGGCUUCCUAGCUAGCGACAUGAACAUCACCGAAUGUGACGUGUCCCUGGCCGCACACCGCUUCCACGGCCUCUCCUCGUCGGGAGCAAACUUAACGGCCAGCCGCCGGGAAGUCCUGACUCUCCCCAAAGGCGUCGUCACCGCCCAGGGGGGCCAUGCCGAUUACCUAACGUUCAACACGCCCGGACUCCCAAGCCUGCGGAUAGCCGUCCCGGACCUGUCCGCCCUAGGGCUCUUGUUCACUUCCAGCCGAUUCGCUGGCAACAUCUUUGACGGCGAGGCGUCGACCAACGUCGCCGACGACUCGCAGGGCAUGGGCGACGCAUUCCUGCGCACCCCCAAUCCGGCCGUUGCGAUCCACGCCAUGACUGACAGUAUGACCGACCAACUACGCGCGGUCCACGAGCAGGUGGCGGCCGGCGAGAGCGAGCAGCAGAUUGUGUUUGUGCAGGUCGAGUGGGGGUGGCUGGCGCUGCCGGUGGUGGUGCAGGUCAUCGCGGUGGUGUUUUUGGUGCUGGUGCUGAUACAGAGUGGCCGGGCGUCGAACCUGCCGCUGUGGAAGUCGUCAAUUGUGGCGCUGCUUACGUAUGAUAGUGAGAAGGUGCGGAUUGGGAAUCUUGGGACGGGGGUACGGAGUACGAGGGAAUUGGACGCGUUGGCGGAGACGGUUAAGGCCAAGUUGGAUUUACCGAUGAGGAGGAAUACGGGUGGGAGGGAUGGAGGUGUUUGA